CGCCCCCUACACCAACGGAAAACGCGGAAUGGCUUUCGGGGGCAGUGAGGGGCCGGAGACCCGCCUCAUCCGUGCCCCCCGGCCUGCAGGCUGCAGCGCCGCGCCGGGUCCGCGUGCAGCCCCCUCCCGUCCCUCGGCUGGGGUCCCGGCGUGAGCCCCACUCCCCGCGCCCACAUGGGGCUGUGCCACAGCCUCCGGCCGCUGCUCUUCGGGGACCCGGAGCCGCCCUUGGAGGGGGCGCGGUCCGGCCCAGACCAGACCCCGGACCCGGACCUGAACCCGGUCACGACCCCGGUCCGGACCCCGGCGGGGGCAGGCGCGGCACGGACCCCCGCGCAGAAAGAGAGGCGGCGGCGCGCGGACCAGCAGCGCGCGGAGGAACGCGAGGCCAAGCGGGUCAGCAGGAGCAUCGACCGCCGGCUCCGCGAGCAGAAGCGCGACCUGCGGCGGACUCACCGGCUACUGCUGCUCGGGGCUGGUGAGUCUGGGAAAAGCACUAUCGUCAAACAGAUGAGGAUCCUGCACGUCAAUGGAUUUAAUCCCGAGGAGAAGAAACAGAAAAUUCUGGACAUCCGGAAAAACGUUAAGGAUGCUAUUGUGACAAUUGUUUCGGCGAUGAGUACUAUAAUUCCCCCAGUUCCACUGGCCAACCCAGAAAACCAGUUUCGAUCAGACUAUAUCAAGAGCAUAGCCCCCAUCACUGACUUUGAAUAUUCCCAGGAAUUCUUCGAUCACGUGAAGAAGCUCUGGGAUGACGAAGGUGUGAAGGCCUGCUUCGAGAGGUCCAACGAGUACCAGCUCAUCGACUGCGCCCAAUAGGCGUUUCUAUUUAAUACCAAGGAAAAAGCAAAAAGAGAGACUCCGUUCAAAAGUGGUGAACGAUUGCUCCACAGAAGUGAAUGCUCCUGACCCUAUAAAAGGAUCUCUGUCUCACCUGUGUGCUUGAGCUGGCGGUACAGGUAUGCUGCUGAAAGAAACGGGAAGAGGAGAAAUGGAAAAACCAAAAUACUGAUUCAAGAUACAAUUCCCAUACUGAAAAGAUGUCUUGAUAUCUCUAAAAAAUAUCUUUAUGGAAACUGGCAGGUAAUUUUAUAAGAAGUUAUUUCCAUAGGAUUUUGAGCUGUUCUUCUCCACACAGUACCCGACACGGUAACAUCUCAUUAAAUAUUUGUUGAAUGAAUACGUAAAUCUAAUCGGGUAUUUUAAACUCUCCGUUAUGGAUGGGUCAGUGGGCCACUGCUGGCUGUUCCCCACCAUGCCUGGAACAAAGCCCAGCACAUAGUAGGUGUUCAGAAAGCAACUGUUACGUGAAUGGACUUUUACAUUUUAAUUGUUCAUUCUCGUUUGUACAGAAUUCAUCUUUCUCUAAAACUCAGAUAAAGGCACAAUAUCUGUUCAUAGCAGCGUUAUUCAAAAUAGCCAGAAAGUGGAAAUAACGCAAAUGUCCAUCGUACGAUGAAAGGAGAAACAAAUGUGGUCUAAUCAGACAUGACUGUGGUUCACCCUUGACAGGACGAAAGGCUGGUUCCUGCUUUCACAUGGCUUCCUUUCAAGCAGAAGCAUUCACUUCUGCUCAGAGAAAGCGGGCUGCUCUAGUAAAUAGUACGUUACACAAGGACUUCCCUCCUUCCAGUAAACAGUGAGCGUGUGUUCACACUGUCAAGAAGUGUAAUUACAGCCUUUCAGGUGUGAUUCAGGGAGUGAGGAAGCUGCCCUUUGGUAAUUUCACAUCAAAGAAAGCUUUCAAAAAAGGAAGAAAGUAAAACCGUCCUUCUUCCUUACACCAAAUUCCAUUGAUCACAUAAUAAUUAAACUCCAUGAUACCAAUAGAAAGCUACCUUUCAAAUACAAGCUUCAUUCUGUUCUUAUAUUAACUUACUAAGCACAGAUGGAAUUCCCGUGUGCUCGCUAACAGUUUUAUCCACGUGAUCACAGUUAAGUGCUUGGUACUCGG